AUGGCCAAGGGGAAACCAAAAAGUCAAAAGGGAAAGAAGAUCACCUUGAAAAUUGCCAAAAAUUCCAUCCGGAUAUCUUUUGAUGGAGGGCGCCGUCUUGACUUAAGUAAGAUGGGUAUCACCACCUUCCCCAACUGCAUUCUGAAACUAGCUGACGUGGAUGAACUUGAUUUGAGCAGAAACAUGUUAAAAAAGAUUCCAAGUAGCAUCCAGAAGUUCCAGAAACUGCGCUGGCUGGACCUGCAUAGUAAUCAGCUUGAGGAGUUGCCCGAGGCAAUAGGUACACUUCAGAACCUUUUCUACCUGAAUAUAUGCAACAACAAGCUGACCACCAAAAAUCUGCCAGAGGAGUUAAACCUUCUCAAGAACCUGCGUAUUCUCAACCUUGGCUUAAACUGUCUUGACAGUAUUCCCACCAGUCUUGGGGCCCUGAAGGAACUUAAGGAGAUAGGUCUCUCUGACAAUGCCUUGACCACCAUCCCAAACAGUGUGAAAAAUCUCCCCAAGCUCAAGAAACUCAAUGCAAAAAGAAACCCUUUCCUAGAUUCAACAAAGCAAGAAGAGCAUGCUGACUCCAUCAAACGCAUAGAAACGCUUCACUUAGUAGAAGAGAAAGACCUGUGCUUUUCCUGCCUGAAGAUGUGUCAGGAUGAGAGGGACAAGCUGAACAAGUUAAAGAACAUGACACCCAGCCCCUCAAAGAAGCCAAGUUUCCCUUUACUCCUUACACCCAAUUCAUCUGCAAAGGAUAACCAAGAAGAAUGGAGAUUAAGAGGCAAACAUCCCUAA